AUGGUGACUUUGCCACAAAACAUCAUCACGCAGGUGAUAAUUGUGUUUCUCUCAUACUACUGGCACCUUGCGCUUGAACGUCUAUUACCUGCGCGAUCAGCUGGGGUUGAGAUGCAAAGCGAGAAAGAGUCCAUCGACGAAGAUGAAGGCCGAGAAGAGGAAAUAGUGAGAAGAUGGAUUCUCAAAGGUCGGGUUCAGCGCUCAUCCAUUAGUUGGCUAAAUACGUUCCUAAAAUGGGCAAUCGACAUGACUCUAGGAAUCAUUUGGACAUCAAUUGUGUAUGAGGUACUAUACGGAUUUGUCUUUGGAAGAUUCCCGAAAGGAGAUAUUUCCCAUUUUUUACGGAACAUUGUUUUGACUUCACUAGUACUGAUGUUCAGUCUCCGCCCCUUGACUUCACUGAUCGGUUUUAUUAUAAUACCAGCACCACGGCGUCCAGUGUUCUUGGCUGGUGUGUCGGCGCUAGCAAGCAUAUUUCUCACUGCAUCCACGAUGAUUGUGCUUAGGGGAAUUGUGAAAAGCAACUUUGUCCAGAAAGCUCUGAUGGAUAUUACAGAACGUGUCUGGAUAGAAGCCCAACGGAAGGGGGCAACGCCGGCUCGCUUGGUGGAUGAGCUGUGA